UCGGCCGCAGUGUGCCCAGCAGUCCCCAACUCGAACUUCAUACGACAUCCUUCCUGGACAGCUACACUUACUCAAUCAUGAACCCGAACGACAAGGAUUAUAAGCUCUCACAUCUGUUCCUUAUUGGCCAGGCAACCGCACGGUUUGGUGAUCUAUGCUUGAAGCCGUCGCUGAGGAACCCUGUAUCGACUAGCACUGGCAGCGCUUCAAAGCCCGGUAUUGAUACCGGUAAUGUCGUUCAGGAUGAAUUCGCGAAGCUCUAUUGUGGAAUCCACUUCAUUGAUCGCCUGCAGAGCUAUGUUGACUUCGAGCACAAGUUGCCGGAGUCUGCUGCAGCGCCCAAAGAGCCGUAUCGCGCUCGCGAUCUUCCGAACAGUGAUCUUCGCUUGCCACCGACGCCACAGAUAGUCGACGCUAUAGGACAACUGUGUCAAGAGGAGCUGAGGCUACGGCAGUAUGACCCCCUACCGCUUAUGACAAACGACUCCGCUCAGGACGAAGUACGGGAACAAAUCAUACCUCUACUCAACCACGCAAUCAAGACUUACAAGUGCAACACUAUCACCUCUCAGCACUUGCCUCCGCCCGCGCGGCGUACAGACAGUACCACUCGCGACCAUUUUGAGGAUGUCGACGCAUCUAAGCCGGUGGAAAUCGAUGAGGCGCGACAGCUUCUAUUCUUUCCAUGCUGGGCACGCCACGCUAUCAGCUCUGCGGCGCGAGAUGCUACCUCCGGUAAAGCGGAUUACGCACUUUUUGAGUCUCCGGUGAAGCAUGGUAUUUGCGCUCAUGGUGAAGCUCGACAAUCGUGGAUAUACACAACCGAAGACAUCUAUCGCAUUUACGAUGGUCCAGAGUGGGCUGUCGCGAGCAACGCACCCUACGACUUCCGGUCCGCGCCACACUAUGACUACCAUCCCAUCAAUUCGCUUUUGAAGAUGGCCUUUGGCCAAAUCCGCAUACUCGGUUCCUAUAUUGGAUUCUUCACCAACUUGUCGGUGGUGGUAUUCUACUUUUACUACGACGGAGAGCUAGUCAUGAAACCCAAGGCCGUUGACACCGAAACAGUUGAUACCCCGUCGUCAACUGCGGAGGGGACAGUGCGAUUUCAACUGCCUUCGGGGCCAACCCGGCAGGCGACGCGUGCUAGUGCGCGUAACAAGGCCACAGAUGCAGAGAACAAGCCGGAGAAAUCGAAGAAACAAGGCAAAUCGGAGAAGCAGGCUCAGGCUGAGCUGGACUCGAAAUGCAAGCGUGGGCUCGUCCUAUCUCGUCCAAUCGACUUCACCGCUCCACAGCUGCUCCGAUGCAUGCAAGCCAUGACGUUCCUAGCACUCGAUGCGAAGAAAUGGGAGGGCGAUGGCAAGAGAAUCGUCGACAUCCUAGCACCCGGUGAUGAAUUGCAGCAGAUCAAGCCGGCCGAUGCCUAGGAGUGACCUAUUGGUGGUUCUCCAUGCAUCUGACCGAUCCGAGGCCUAGUUACAUAGACCCGAAGAUGCGGUGUGGAGGGUGGUCUUGUAGGUGAUGUUCAAUAAUGAUCUGAUCUGAUUAUCGUCUCUCGCGACAAAGGCUUGUCUAGGUAUCCAUGUACUUGUAUUCUUGACCCUGACACGAAACUGUAAACUUGUACCAAGUUGACAUGUACUACGUUCUCCGUGCUGCACGCUUCGCUAGUGGUGUAUGUAGGCACACACGGUCCAUGAUGUUAUUCUUUCCCUCGUCGACUGUAUAGUUUUCUGUGAUACUCAAAUGCACUUUAUUG